AUGGAGCCUGAUGUGAUCCCUUUGUCCAAACCACACGAGGAUAUUUCAAUGCCGGACUCUUUAACCGACAAUAAAUGCCUGGACACGUACAACUUUGGAUCCAACUUCAUCCGUUUGCCGGUGUCUGAUGGAGUUCGUGAGCUGCACACGGUGAUAAGGGACAAAACAACCAUAAGAAAAGACUUCAUAUUUUACGCUGACCGCUUGAUUCGGCUGGUUGUUGAAGAGGGACUCAACAGGCUUCCUUACAGAGAAUGUACAGUUACCACACCUACAGGUCAUACAUAUGAUGGUCUUCGGUAUGAGAAGGGCAACUGUGGGGUCAGCAUCGUCAGGAGCGGUGAGGCAAUGGAGCAAGGGCUGCGGGACUGCUGCAGAUCUAUACGAAUCGGCAAAAUCUUGAUAAAGAGCAAUGAGGAUACGCAUGAUGCUCGGGUAGUGUAUGCAAAUCUUCCCAAAGACAUACACCAGAGGAAAGUGCUGCUGAUGUACCCAAUCAUGAGAACAGGGAACACCGUUAUUAAAGCUGUUAAAACAUUACAACAACACAGCGUCAAUGAGAGCAAUAUAAUUUUGUUAAACCUGUUCUGUACCCCACAAGCUGCUCAACAACUGGUCAGUGAAUUUCCGGGCAUGACUAUUUUAACUUCGGAAGUCCACCCAGUUGCUCCUAAUCAUUUUGGCGAGAAAUAUUUUGGCACUGACUGA